GAGUUCUCUUACUUUCAAAGCUAGCUGAAGGCAAGAGACAGAGCUAGAGAGAGCUCCCUUCCGUUUAUUUCUGACUUUUCGGGACGUGACUUGUGAGAAGGCUGAAAGAGAUGAUGCCAGCAACGAAAACCCAGCUGGUCUGCAUGCUCCUGCUGGCUCUCAGCUCCUGGAGUCUGUGCUCAGAUUCAGAAGAGGAAAUGAAAACAUUAGAGGCAGACUUAUUGACCAAUCUGCACACAUCAAAGAUCAGUAAAGCCGGUGCUCCCUCUUGGAAAAUGACCCUGCUAAAUGUUUGCAGUUUUGUGAACAACCUGAACACCCAACCCGAAGAAACAGGAGAGUUUCGUGAAGAGGAGCUUGUGCCAAGAAGGAAAGUCCCCACUCCUGCCGAUGGCUUCAGCUUGGAAGCAAUGCUGACAAUAUACCAGCUCCAGAAAAUCUGUCACAGCAGGGCCUUUCAACACUGGGAGUUAAUUCAGGAGGAUAUUCUUGAUGCUGACAAUGACAAAAAUGAGAAGGAAGAAGUCAUAAAGCGAAAGAUCCCUUACAUUCUGAAACGGCAGCUGUACGAGAAUAAACCCCGAAGACCCUACAUCCUCAAGAGAGAUUCUUACUACUACUGAAGGGAGAAAUAUUUUAUUUCCCUGUGAUCGUGAUUUAUCACCCUUUAAUUGAAUAUUAAAUUAUAUUUGUGUG